UCGCCACGGUGCUUCUGGAGUGUUUGACGCGAGACCCAGAGGGCACUGGGGGGAAUCUGGUCUAUUCCGGUGAUGCUUGGGAGAUUCAGGUUUGUGCCGAUACUGCAUCGCAAUGUGACGUUUCCCGCGAUACGGCGAUCCAUGUCGAAAUAUCUGUUCCACACGCAGUCACAGGGUAGGCGUCCCCCACCUUUUGUAAGCAAGUCCAAACAUUUGCUAUUGUGCACUGUUAUAAGCCCAGUCCAUCACAAAUGUGCAGUGAGCUAUUUGGAAUAACGCCGUUUCAAGUCUUUUGCCAAACUGGCUCCGACUCACGGACGGAUUCUGAACAUCUGCCGCAGGUAAACUGGUUCCAGGUCUUUGGGCCGGAGACCCCGGUGAAGCUGCGCUGGCCGUAUCGCCACACAAGGUUUUGCGUGCGGGUCCAGUGGGAUCACCAUGUAACCCUCGCAGAGUAAACUUGUAGGUGUCGAUGCCGACUCGGCUUUCCAGCGAUGACGACUGCAGUUGGCACAGCAUUAAACUCUGAAAUGUGAGGCCAUGUCGUCCUGGCUGAGCUUACCUUGGCCCAGGGUCACCCUGGGUCGGUAUUUGGCCUGCAGCUGCGCUGGGCAGAGAACUCUUGACAUUACCGUUUUGAGUAACCAAAUGUCGUAUUGUGUACGGCUUGUCCAUCCUAGUCUUCAUUACAUGCGGGAUGCGUCUCUGUCUGAGGUCUCCAUGCGCAUGUUGACGUUACAUGUUUCCCCUCCGGUUGGAGUUAUGCCAUGUUAAUCGCACACCGCAGUGAAUUGCAAGGUAAUGGUAAUCGCAAACCACACAGGAGUAAUAAACACGGGUGUUGUGUUGCUGCGUGCAUGUGUGUGAAGAGAACUCCUGUCCUGUCAGGCGGCCGCGCUGUUUGUUCACUGCCGAUGGGGUCCCCGGCUCGCAGUAAAGCAGGCUCGCCCGCCUGAACGCCGUGCAACAGCAGAGCCACGCAUCCCACCCGGAUCGAACGCUCGAGAGCAACAGCUCGAUACCCCUCAAGGAGCCAUGUGAACCGUCAGACUGAUGUAAACUGAUUGGACAUACGUUGACCGACUUACUUUGCUGAUUUCGGAAACAAAACCAAAGUAUGCGCAUAGCCUGUGUGUGCGUCGUGGGCGACCAUGCCGAGCCGGGGACAGAGUUCGAGCAGCACCAUUACACGCGAGCCUCCCGGGCCCUCCCGUAAAUCCCGAUGCUUAAUGCCUGCAUCGCUUGCUUUUUCAGAACGCGGCCACCAUGGACCCGGCUCGGCAGGAGGUGGACGCACAGUCUCUGCGCGACUACGGGCUCCAGAUUCGCUUCAUCGAGGACUUUGCCAACGCGCCGGCUCACAGAGGCGGGGGGAACCCUUUGAGUGAAAUGAAUUCCUCCUCGUACGGCGUGCAGAUCAGCAUCCAGGGCAUCAAGGGCCAGCCCUUUGUGGUGCUCAACUCGAGCGAGCAGCCCGAGGGCGGCCUGCCAGACCCACCGAAGCUCACACUGCCGGAGCCCAAAACGAAAACCGCCCAGAGCCUCCUGGCCGUCAACUCAAACGGUUCUUCGGUGACCACCGUGGAUGGUUUGUUCCAGGAUGCUGCCGGUCCCAAGGGGAACCUCUACAGCCUUCCUCGCAACGCCACUUCAGACCCUCCGCACAAGAAAACCGAGUACACGAGGCCAGAUUUCAUGCGGGCGCGAGAACAGGCACGAUCUACAGCACUGAAGGGUCAGAGUUCAAGCCAGAAGCUGAACUUUCAGAAAAAACCUUGGAUUCUUCAGCCCUACAGGCCGGCCGACAAGGCACAAUCAUGCGUGGAUGGGCAAGAGAGGGAGAAAAGUCCAAAAGUCGGGGCGAUGCAGCCGGUGGUGAAAGGGGAGCCCAACGGUGUGGGAAGCGCGCUUGCAGGUCAAGCCACGAGAGUCACCGACAGCGCGAGCGUGCGGGGCCCCCCAUUGCCCGCGGCCGGCAAGACGCAGGAGUUGUGGGGGAAGCGGAGCGGGGAAAAGCCUCCGGUGACGCGGUCGGUGUCGAGCAUGAGCGAGGAGUCCGGCAGGGCCGGCAGCGACGUGGACAGCCUCGGACGCUCCAACGCGAGCUCCGCGUCCUCGCGCUCGCGGGCGUCUCCCGAGCGGCCGCCGAUUCGAUCGCCGUCCGAGGACGGCCCCGACGAGUUGCGUGGGGAGAGCGCCAACCGCCACGAGAACCGGCGCUACAUCCCGUUCCGCGCGGGCACGGGCCGCGACAUCGACUCGGGACACAUCCUGUCCAUCGAGGAGCUCAUCGGGCAGUUCGACGAGGCCAGCGCGACGCGCGGGCGGCCCCGCAGGCGCGCGAAGAUCUCGGCCGGCGACCGCGUGCGCUCGCGCAGCCUCGAGAACUUCUCGAGCACUCGGUCCGGCGAGCGGGAGAACCGGGCCGAGAGGAGUCGCGUGGAGCUCGACGGCCCGAGGAGCGGCGUGCUGUGGGGGCAGGCGAGCGCGGGCGGUCACGACGCCCCUCUGGAGCCGCGCGCGAAGGUGGCCACCGGCGCCGUGACGAGCUCCAUGCGGCUUACGCUGGCGUCCCGAGUGGAGGCCACCAGCGGCGGCGGCUCCGUCGGCGCCAAGCAGCUCGUGACCACCCCGGACCUCUUGCGCGACCAGACCGACGUCUCCCAGGAGGCCAGCGCCAAGCAGUUCCUGUACAGCGUCCUGCGGGAGGGGAACAGCGAGAGCGCGGAGAGCACGCACCGCAAGGUGAACCUGGUGUUUGAGAAGAUCCAGACCCUGGGCUCGAAGCGCUCGCAGAGCGUGAGCGUGCAGACCGAGCAGGCGUACGUGGCUGUGGCCGAGCUGCACGGCGUGCAGGCGGAGCGAGCGCAGCUCCAGCAGCAGCUCCGAGAGGUGGGCAGCCGCGCGUCGCACGAGGAGAAGAGCCGUGCGGCCGCGCAAGCGGAGCUGGCGAAGCUAAAGGAGAGCCUGGCGGCGGCGCGGAGGGACGCAGACGACAAGGCCCAGGAGGUGCAGCGCUGGCGCGAGCAGCUGGAGCAGGCGGACGCCCGCCUCACAACAGCGCAGCACUCGCUGGAGGAGGUGGAGGGCGAGCGCUCGGCCCUGCAGCGCGAGAUGCGUGACCUGAAGAGCCAGCUGUCGGAAAUGCACGACGAGCUGGACCAGGCCAAGCACUCGGCCGCGGAGCAGGAGGAGAGGAAGACGCUGCUGCAGGAGUUGCAGCGGCUGGGCGAGGUGGAGGAGAGCUUGCGGCGGCGCGAGCGGGAGCUGGCGGCGCUGCGCGGGGUGCUGCGCCAGGAGGUGGAGACGCGCGAGCGCGAGAUGGACGAGCAGCGGCAGCGCCACGCCGACUCCACCAGCAAGGCCCAGCAGAAGCUCGAGACCUCCGCUCAGCGGGUGCUGGAGCUGGAGGCGAGUGCCGGGGAGGUGGGCCGAGCUCUCUCCGUGGCAGCGCAGCAGGCCCGGCGCGCCGAGGCGGAGCUGGCGGGGCUGCGGGAGGAGCGCGAGACCCUGCAGGCCGAGCUGCUGCAGCUGAGGUCGGCGCUGGCGGCGGCGCGCAGCGACGAGGACACGUGGAAGGGCCGGCUCGGCCGCCUCGAGGCAGAGCAAGCUCGGAAGGCAGAAGCCCUGGAGAAGGCCGAUGCCCUGGAGAUGGAGAUGGAGGCUGCCCAGCGGACUCUGCAGACUCAGCUGGAGGAGCUGCAGCGCAAGUGCAGCAGGCUGCAGGCGGAGCAGCAGGAGCUGACUGCACGGUGGCAGAGCUCGGAGAGCCAGAGGGAUGAGCUGAGGCAGGAGCUGGAGCACGAGAAGGAGAGGGCCCAGCAGCAGGAGCGCACCCUGGAGAGACUCCGCACCGAGCUCUCCGAAUCGAGCGAGACAUCGGCCAGGGCUGUGAAGCUGCGCACCGAGUUUGAGGAGCUGAGGGAGAAGGCUCGGAGGGACUCGGCCGACCUGCAGAGGCUGCUGCAGGAGAAGGCCCAGGCCCUGGAGGUGUCGAUCCAGCACAACACGAGGUUCCAGCAGGAGCUCAAGAAGGUUGAGCGGGACGUGGAGCGCGAGCGUGGCGAGCGGGAGGCGGCCGAGCUUGAGAACCGCCGCCUCGACCGCAGCCUCCAGGACAUGCGCCUGGAACUCAGCUCGGCCGCUCUGCGCAAGGACAACCCGCGGCAGGUCAAGGCCCUCGAGGACCGGGUGAGCGCUCUGCAGGCCGAGCUGGAGGAGGAGAGGGAGAACGUGGAGCUCCUGACAGACAAAGCUGAGUGGGCGAGGGAUCAGAUAGAGCAGCUGCGUGGGGAGCUCAUGCAGGAGAAGGCGGUGCGGCAGGAUCUGGAGUGCGACAAGAUUUCCCUGGAGCGGCAGCUCAAGGAGAUGCGUGGCCGCGUGUCGGACCUGGAGGGCUCCCAGCGCUGGGGUCGCGAAGGCCUUGCGUCCCAGAUGGAGGCGCGCGUGCGCGAGCUGGAGGAGGCCCUGGAGAGGGAGGAGAGCGAGCGCGCCAACGCGCAGGCGAACUCGCGCAAGCUGGAGAAGAGGCUGAAGGAGCUGCUCAUGCAGGUGGAGGAGGAGCACCAGCAGGCGGACAACCAGAAGGAAGAGAUGUCCUUGCGCAUCAAGGCUCUGAAGCGACAGGUGAACGAGGCGGAGGAGGAGAUCGAUCGCCUGGACGGGCAGCGGCGCAAGGUGCAACGCGAGCUGGAGGAGCAGCUGGAGCUGAACGAGGGCACUCGCGCCGAGCUCAACACCCUGCGCAAGGAGAUGAGGCAGAAGAGGUCCCUGCAGCCGAGCCUGCUGAUGGGCAACUCGGACAUCUCCAGCGACGAGGACGACGACGACGACGCGGGGGGGUUGGACGCCAGGGGCUACGACCAGUCUCUACGGUCCAAGCUCAUCGCCGAGGGGGAGCUCAAGCUGAGCUCUUGCUGACGGUCAACUUGGCCUCCCGCAUCGGCCCCCCCUGCCGAACUCUCCCAAUGUCUUAUCACUGGUGUGUCUCCCAACCCUGUUGCCUGUGUGUUGUUACCACAGUGCUAGCAACACCCGGGUGGGGGGUGGCAACGCAAUGCAAACCGAUGAACGAGUUUUCGUGUCGUGAAGGCACUGAAGCAUCAACUUUUAUUGUAUUCUCUGUGUACGACUAAAAUACAUUGAGUAGUUGGGAAACACAAUAGCAGGUGUGAAUGACUGAAAAUCUAUAAUCACUCAAAUUAAACCUAUAUUCAACCUUUCAAUUGACUUACCUUCAUGAUCGCUACUCUUAAAAUACAUGAAUACACAAAUGUAUAUAUAGUGCUGUGUAUAAAAGUGUUGCACUGAUAGUGGUUAGCGGCACUGUGCUAUUAACCCAAUCCUCGGCCACAGCUGACGUCAGUGGUGAGCGAUAUCGGAAAUGAUUGUGGGUACCCCCCCCCUUAACCAGUCCACUGAUCAGCAUGGUGAAGUAUGGUCAAACAACCUCCGUGACCGACAUGGCAUGGGAAGGCCUUAAUUCAGUAGUGCAUUGAUAAGGGGCUGUACAUUAGUUUGUAUGUGCACAAAUCACAAAGGGGGCCAGACUGUUGCUCGGGAAACAAAAUUGCCAUGCUGAAAAUGAUAAAUGGUUUCUCCCCCCUCUCCUCUGUGUGUAAUGUGGUCCUGUCGUUGAGUCUCACAGGGGUCCUGACCUGACCCCAAUCCUUGCCAAACAAACGCGCUGGGGGCAUUUGCCACAUCGGUCAACGCGCCGUUCGUGAACGUGGCGCGUGGGCGAGCAGGAUCGCAUCUGAGGUUGCACAGCUGUGUGGAGGGGUUUGCUUUGGCGAUGCUGGGCCUCGGAGCCUAUGACGAGGGGGGCCGAGUGAGAUCAGGCCACGGGGAGGAAGCAAUGCCUGUGUGGUUCGCUCAUUGUUUACAACAAGCCCCAUGUGUUUGUUUGAAUUAAUGGUUUAAUAAUGCACGCAACAAUCAAGAUAUUUGAAUGAAAUAUGUCCACGUAUAUGUUCGUCCACUGCAGACUUUGGUGUAGUGCCAAGCAGCACUGUGUAAAAAAAAAAGUCUUGAGUGUGUGCACCCAAACAACAGGGAAAUUAGAAUCGGAUGAGUAAAGGUCUGCUUAUCCGCUGCAAUGCUACGUGUUGUCGGAAGCAGCACGCACUACUCGUGCCAACGAAGCCUUGUAGACUCCCGGCAAUAUUCCCGUGGGCGCGUCAUGAUUCCCUGCCAGUGAUCACAUGACGUUAACAGGAUACCGUACCUUAUUUCAUUCGUGUAGGCAUGUACACGUUGGAUGGUGCUGUAAUGGAUGGCGAUGAACAAUGCCAUUUGUUUUUUUUUUAGCACGAGACUUGAGCGAAUGUUGUUUUAAAGUGAGAGUUGUGUCCGUGCCUAAGGCUACUGUAAUGACGACCGCCACGUGGUGCUGGUGACAGCGAGUGUAGCUGCCACCUACACGAGCCAACGCCAAACGCUUCACCUGGGGCAGGUUCUUGGCAGUGAGGAAUCGGACGCAGUACUCGGUGCUUUUCAUUUUGCUUUUGUAGUUUUCGAUGAAAACCGUGGUACUGCACGUGAGCUUAAUCUGCCAUGCCAAAGUUCCACAUCAUCGUGCUAAUUGGCACCACGAAGUUGACAUGUUAAUGAGUUCAGGUAGCACACCGUUAAUAAUGUACAGGCGCGAUUGCCUUUUCUUAAGAUACUGCCAAUAGCUGCAGCUGUUUUAUUUUAACGAACUCUGCACCCACAGUUACCUUAACAGCCGUCCAUUUAUUAUUGCAGUACAUGUUUUAUUACAUUAGAUGUUUUACAUGCACGGUACAUGUUUUAAAAUAUAUUUUUAAUACAUAGGACUUAAAAGUAGGGUCAUUUGAGAUGAUGCGAUUCGAUCGUCAAAGUGAGACAUUGCUCUUAUGAAACGGCUGCCUUCUCAAUUUGCCUUGGAGUGCACGGAACUCGUAUGUUGCUCCCAAUGACAUGUGUAUGAUUAACGUUCCACAGUUACCUUACGUAAUGUUAAUUCACGCGGCUUUCUGACAGUAAAUCAGCCAUGUUGUGUGACACGAUGGACUUCGCAUUGCGAUGGCAAAGCGAGGCGAGCGAUGCAUUUCUCAAACUGGCCUGCAAGAUGCAUUCAAGCCACGGACAGCAAGCGGUGAGAGAUCGCUCGCAAAAUACCGCUCGCCUGUGUGACUGCUCCUUCAGCCCUUGGUUACGAAACCGCAGCCUUGCAUGCAUGCAGAAUCGGUCCAGCCUUGCAUGGACCACCCAUCACUGAGCCAUAUCAAUGGAGUAUAUGCACUUGAGCUUUAACAAUCAAUGAACACACAAAAUACAUGUCCUCGUUUUAAUGUGUCAGCCGGGCUGCUAUUCUCAUGAGUGUCCUUUUGUAAUCGAAUCACUUUGAAAAAGCAGUGAUGUGAAUGACAUCAUUUGGCAUUUUACAUCUGCUAGUCUUCGUAUCAGGGUCGCUCGCUAAAUUUGUGAUAUUUGAAACAGCGCCUAAUUUGCCCGUGUUUUUGUGUACACGAACUAUCCACUGCUUGUGUUGAUGUGUACCGUAGGCGGUUGAACGGUUUAAGUGCAACAAAAAGUUGUUGAUGGUGGAGCUUGAAUCAAGCUACCCCAUUAAACAAGAUUAUGAAUAUCGGCUUUCUAAAUAUUAGAUGGGUAUUUAAGAGUAAUUUUGCUCCGUAAAAAAUGUGCCGUGCACACGUUUAAAGUUACGCGUGAUUCCUGUGCAUUCGAUGCACUUUCGUGACCUGUUAAAUACGUGUGUAAAAGCUUCAAAUCUAGAACGUGUGUAAAGCAUCGGCAAGGCAAAUAUAACACAUGGUCAGCUCAAGAGCAGAAUCAUGUAUUUUUUUUUCGAGAGUAUAAUUACAGUUGCUUGUGAAUGUUGUACUGCAAUAUGAGAUAAAUGCAGGGAGGUUUGGUUCCCAUCAAGUCUCUGCAAGACACGUAAAUAGUGGCAUAAUUUAAAAGCCCCAAAAUUCUCCGGAGCGAGCUCGGCUCCUCGAGCUGAGAAGUCCACGCAGUGGCUUGGUUCUAGCUCGGACACAAUUCUGGACAAAGUUAUUGCCUAGAGCAUGGUGUACUUUGUCUUUCGUCGAUUACCCCCUCUUAUUGUGCAAGCUUUCUGUAACCCCCUAAUAGUCACUGCUCUUGGUAUGGACUGCGAUGGCACAGUGGCAGGUUAAUGUGAUUACGUGAUCGCAACAAUGCUCACAGAGGGCCCCAAGCUCUAACGGAGCCCUUGACCAUAACUCCUAAUAGUAAUACCCUUGGACAGCAUCGCCCACCGUGACCUUAAAUUUAACUUGAUGAAAUCAUGAACUAACGUAACGAGGAUUCAAUAGUUGAAUGAAGAAGACUGAAAAGCCGCACUCAAGAUUAAUACGAGCAAAGCGAAAGUUUGUUUAAUCUUCGCUGAGCAGCGAAGAUGUCUAGCAGAGGGACACAACUGGAAAACACAUCCAGAGGCUGUAUACCUCGGUACCCUAGGACAGCUAUUGAGUCGGACUGGGAUCAAAACUGUGAAAUAAAGAGGUGGGCGAGAGCAGGUUGCAGCGCUGUUGGAAAUUCAAUGUCAUACUGUACCUUAUAUGUAAUACCUUAUAAGUAAUACCUUAUAUGGCAUUACAGUUCUUAAACAGGACACUGACUAUAUCGAAAAAGAGAAAAUAUAUGCACACACAAAGAAGCGUGGAGCGGUGCAUGCUGGGAACUUCACUGAGGAUCGCAUGGAUCGGAUAAAUAGCGCGAGUUGGACAUCAUUCUAACUUGCUAACAACGAAGUGGGCUUUGGGCAGGACACACCGCUCGAAGCGAUGGUGGCGAUGUUGUCAGGAGCGAGGACCGUGGCGGUCAAAGAAGUGAACCCAUGGCCAGAGAGAGGAGGGCUCUACCGUGGAGAGGGGAAUGAUGUGAGCAGUGCACGGGGUGGGAUUGUUGCAUUGCGCCACUGAGAGGCGGAGGUGAAUUGGGGAGGCCUUCUGCCAGCUGUGAAUGAAUCAUGGCUGCGGCUGCUGCUGCUGAUGAUGA